AUGGCUAGCUCUAGUGGCACAUAUAAUCCGGCGCGCCCAAAGCGCGCUGGCGAGCAAUUCACGCGCACCCACCACCUGGACACCGACGAGCCCUCCACCAAGAAACCACGUUUCGACCCCCGCAAUCCCUCGACGCUGGCUCCGGAUGCAGAUGAUGAUGAAGACCCUGCACUAGAAGCUGACGUUAUAGGCAAAACUUCAGGAAUCAAGCGCAACGCGGUCAACAUCGAUGGCUACGAUUCGGACAGCUCCACCGAGAACUUCGACGCUCGUGCCGAGGCGCAGUUCAGCAAGAAGCCAAAGCCCCCCAAAGACGACGACGAUGACGACGACGAUAUGUUCGCAGAUGAGGACAAGGACGACAACCAAGAUGAAGAAGUACAUCGAGGCCAGACCAAGAAGAAGCAGUUGCGAUUCUUGGACGACGAGGAGAUUGAGGGUCAAGAAGAGAACAGCAAGUCUGGGGGUCACGUUGCAGUAGAUUUCACAAAGGGCCCAAAGAGCCGCACCGAAGACGUCGAGAGCAGUAGCGAGGAGGGCGAUGACGAAGAGCGCGAUCGAAUUGGUUCUGACAUGGACGAGGAGCUUGGUGCGGGCAGCAAGAAGAAGCAUGCGCCCAAACUCGAUGCGUUUAAUAUGCGCGCCGAACAGGAGGAAGGCCGAUUCGACGAAGCUGGCAACUUUGUGCGCAAAGCAUUCGAUCCCGAGGCUGCCCAAGAUUCAUGGCUCGAGGGCAUCUCUAAGAAAGACAUGAAAAAGGCAAAGGAGGCGCAUGAGAAGAGGGAGGCUGAGAUCAAGGCCCGCGAGAGGGCAGAGGACUCGAUUGUUACCAGCGACGUCUUGUCAAAUCUGAUUAUGCAUUUGGAGGUCGGCGAGACACCCAUGGAGGCCCUCGUACGCUACGGUAAGGCUGCACCGAAGAAGAGGGUAACCAGCAACUGGGCCAAGAAGAAGAAGCAGCAGGCCAUGGAGGUCGACGUCGAUCCCGCGCAAGAGGCAGCCGCAGCAAAAGCCAAGCAGGCGAUCGAUUCGAUUACAGAAUGCGCAAGCCGGCUCUCGGACCGCGGAGUGGAGGACAUCUACGAACUUCCGCGCGAGUCCAUCAUGCGACAGUACAAGAGAGAGACUGGAGAAGACUGGAAGAACCCGCAUCCGGAGACGGUGCAGUGGGAGUUUCACUGGCUGAAUGCGCCGGAAGAAGAUGUCAACGGGCCGUAUGACCAGGCGACCAUGCAAGCAUGGGAAGCGAGCGGGCAGUUUGCAGCAGGCGCGGAAUUCCGACGCGUAGGCGAGACGGAGUGGUCACGACUGCUCGAUUUUGAGGACUGA